UGACUCUAAACCGUACAUCCAACCACACACCAUUAAAAAAGACCAACUUAGUCUUUCUUUAAAGACAUCCCGGCAUCAAUGGCAUCGAACGACACCGCAACUCCUCCGCAUGCGGCCGUUAGCAUGGAGGUGCCAUUGAAAACGUCGGCACCACCACCGCGGGAGCACGGUUCACGUGCUCGCAGUUUCAAGAAACAAGCAGUGGUUGAUGUGUUGUUGAGGGUGUUUCUGUUUGCAACAACGGUGGUAAGUAUCAUUGUUAUGGUCACUUCUGAAGAAACUACACAGAUUCGAGUUACUCCAAGACUUGUGAUAUCAAGGACUGCGAAAUUCAGUAAUUCCCCAGCUUACAUAUACUUUAUAGCAGCACUCUCGGUUGCCGCCUUGCACAGCCUCAUCACUGGUCUGGUAUCCAUUUUGGCGGUGAUGAAGCCGGGAGGAAACUCUGCAAAGCUAAAGUUUCACUUUGUGAUACUCGACUCGCUGCUAUUGGGCAUCGUGGCUGCAGCAACAGGAGCAUCGGGAGGGGUCGGAUACAUUGGACUUAAAGGGAACUCUCAUAGCAAUUGGAACAAGAUAUGUAAUAGAUAUGAUACCUACUGUACCCACAUUAAAGCCUCAAUUUUUCUGUCACUCAUAGCCUCCAUAACACUUCUACUGCUUGUUUGGCUCUCUGUUUACGUGCUUUCCAAGAAGAUCGCUAGGCGAUAGUUCCAUUGGUCUUCGAUACCAGAUAUAUUUCGUUUGUUUAUUCGUGUUAUUUAUUUUGUUGUAUUUUUUUUAUAUGUUCAUGUUCUAAUUUUGUGUCAACUUUUGUGAUUUUGAAGAUGAAUACUAAAAGAUUGGGCUUAUCGUA